AUGCCUGACGAGUUCACCCUUGGACGUCCAGGUCCAUGGCUUGGCAUAGCCAACGAUGCGUGCAACCAUUACAAGAUCUUCGCCGUUGAGUUCGACACGAGCCACGAUGCGGAAUUCGGCGACCCAAAUGACGACCACGUUGGCAUCAAUGCCGGCACCGUUGUUUCCUUCAAGACGGCGAAUUCAUCGGAAGCAACGAUUUCUCUCCAUAGCAGCUCAGUCGAUCGAGCCUGGAUCAUCUAUAAUGGCGACCAGAGGUGGAUCGAUGUUCAUCUCGGAGUAGAUGGCGAUCCAAUUCCCAAAAUCCCCAUUUUAUCUUCACCAUUAAAUCUCUCUCCUUUUCUCAAAGAAUACAUGUUCGUCGGCUUCAGUGCUUCAACAGGAAAUUCAACGCAAAUCCAUAACAUAUUAUCAUGGAAUUUCUCAUCCGUAUCACAAGCUUUUAUCCAACUUCCUUCUGGCAAAACUUGCCAUAGAAACAUAGUCCAACAAGUUUCCAAAUACUCUUCUGCUAAUGUCAAACACUAUGGUCAACUUAGUAGCUUCUUUAUCUUUGUAGCUGUUCUUGGACUUUGCACGGUGUCUUUGCUCAUUUACUUCAAAGGUAGUGAGGCGAAAGAGAGUUCGAUAUCUCUUUGGCUCUUCGAAAACAAACAACGGCCCGUACCGCCGGGAAAGCUUCGACGAUUUAAUGUUCUGGAGGUUCAAAAAGCCACACGGUGUUUUAGCGAAAGCGAAGUUUUGACAAGUGAUUCAGGUGGUGUUCUUUAUAGAGGGACUCUGGGAAAUGGACGUCAAGUGGCGGUGAAGCGGUGGUUCUCCACAACUCGAUCAGUGAGCUUCUCAUACUUGCAUUAUUCGAGCCGAAUUCCGGAAAGAAUCGGCGAGUUAACUCAAGUUAACCAUCCAAAUCUCGCGACGAUUUGUGGGUGGUGCUGCGAAAGCAACGAGAUUAUGAUCUUCUACCAUUACUACCAGUAUGGAAGCAUGGAUCGGUGGCUGUUCGGAAUCUGUUCGCUUCCAUGGACACGGCGAUUCCGGCUCAUUAAAGAUGUAGCAGAGGCACUGAGUUACCUCCAUCGCAAUGAACUCGUUCAUGGAAACUUGAAAUCGAGCAGUGUUUUUUUCGACGUAGAUUACAAAGCCGUUCUCGGAGAUUAUGGUUUUGUUAAUUUCUGUGAGGGUUUGAAAGAGAGAGAUAUGGGGAAGAAAGAGGAUGUUUUCCAGUUCGGGAUUUUGGUGAUGGAAAUGGUGGUGGGGAAGAAGAAGGAGGGCACUGAAUGGUUGGAUGAAGAAGGAGGAGGAGGAGGAGGAGGAGGAGAGAAGGGUGUUUUAGGGUUUGCAAGGAGGAUGUAUGAGAGAGGAGAGAUGGUGAAGAUGGUGGACAAGAGAAUGGUUGAUCGUGUGAACUUUGAAGAAGCAAUUCUUCGGGUUUUGAUAAUGGGAUUGAAUUGCACUGCCAUUGAAGUUGAAGGGAGGCCUUACAUGGAAGAGGUGGUGCAUUUCUUUAACUUGAUGCAGAGUUUGAAUUUUCAUUGA